UGGAAGAAAAAGUUUCCAAUGUACUCAGCCCUACUAUGAAACUAAUUUAUGGCUUUCAUAUGAAAGCUAUAACCCACUUAUAACCUAAGAAUAUGGGGAAGGGGAGGAGGGAGGGCAGGGGGGAGGAUGGGUGGAGGGAGGGUGAUUGGUGGGAUUACACCUGUGGUGAAUCUUACAAGGGUACAUGUGAAACUUAGUAAAUGUAGAAUAUAAAUGUCUUAACACAAUAACUAAGAAAAUGCCAGGAAGGCUAUGUUAACCAGUGUGAUGAAAAUGUGUCAAACGGUCUAUAAAACCAGUUUAGGUGCCCCAUGAUCGCAUUAAUGUACACAGCUAUGAUUUAAUAAUAAAAAAAGACAAAGAAGAAAGUCCUGAGGAGGGUCAUCCACUUUGUCAGUAGUGAAACAAUGGAAGAAUACAGCACAGAUGAAGAUGAAGUCGAUGGCCUGGAGAAGAAAGAUGUUUUGCCAACUGUUGAUCCAACAAAACUUACCUGGGGCCCCUACUUACGGUUUUACAAGCUUUGGGCUGCCACGUCCACCCUUUCAGUGUGUGACUUUCUUGGAGAGAAGAUUGCAUCUGUUUUGGACAUCAGCACCCCAAAGUACCAGUAUGCCAUUGAUGAAUAUUACUGGAUGAAGAAGGAGGAAGAGGAGGAGGCGGCAGAAAACAGGAUGUCUGAAGAAGCAGAAAGACAGUAUCAGCAGACUAAAAUGCAGACUGAUUCCACCGUUAAGACAGAUCAACCAGAAACUGUGGUAUCCAGUUCAUUUGUGAAUCUCAAUUUUGAAAUGGAGGGAGACAGUGAAAUAAUUAUGGAAAGCAAACAAAAUCCAGUCUCUGUCCCACUGUAGAAUGAAACGAUUAUCAAACUUCAAACCCUAAAGUUUUCUUUUAUACCAGGAACUUUCAUAUUCUCUUAUAAAGUAGGGCUUC